AUGCCGAUACCGGGAUCCAAAAUUCCCACCCACGUACCUGACUCUACCCAUUUUCCACGCAUCCUCUGCCUCCAUGGCGGUGGUGUCAAUGCUGCCAUUUUCAAAGCUCAGUCCCGCUCGCUCAUCCGCCACCUACAACAUUCGUUUCGCCUCGUAUGGGCAGACGGCCCAUUUUUCUGCGAUCCCCAUGAAGAUAUCAUACAGGUAUACGGCUCGUAUGCGCCGUUUCGACGGUGGUUGCGAUGGCUGCCUGAGCACACCGAGAUAGACGCAGAGAGUUGUAUAAAUGAGAUCGGUUAUUCAAUACGAACUGCGAUGGAAGACGACGAUCGAGAGGGCGGUAAGGGCGAAUGGGUCGGACUGAUGGGGUUUAGUCAAGGAGCGAAGCUGAGCGCGAGUCUGCUGUUAGAACAACAAGCCAGAGAAGAGAAAGCAGUGCGGGAAGGCAGGGCUGAUUGGGACAUUGGACCAAUCGGUAUACCAGGCUUGAACUGGAGAUUCGGUGUGUUGCUGGCAGGUCGGGCGCCGUUGUCCAACCUCAAUCCCAGCUUGUUCACGAGCAAGGCGCUGGUGAGCGCUGCAGAUCUCUCGGAAGGCUUCCAGUUUGUGAAAGAUGUAGACGAAGCGGUCAUUUUGAAACAACCGACAAUCCACGUUCACGGCAUGGCAGAUGCUGGACUGCAUUUGCACCGCAGGCUGUACAAAGAGUAUUGCGAGCAAGGCAAGACGACGUUGAUCGAGUGGGAGGGAGCACACAGGAUACCGAUCAAGAGCGACACAGUGGAACGCGUUGUUGGCGCGAUCUACGAAGUUGCAGAACAGAAUGAGGUAGAGGUGACCUGGACUGUGGACCGGCGGCCCUCAUGGACUUUUGAUGGAUGA